AUGACCGGCACUCUAGAGGGCCAGGACGGACCCAAUAAAUUGGGAAGCAGACACGCCGUCCACGAUAUCGAAGAUCCACUCCCCCCGCCUUCGUUCCUCCUCUCCAGGGACGUGCUCCCAGACGAUGGCCAGAUCGUGACCCAGCAGGAGCGACUGAAGUUGAUUCGCGGUCUGUCGCAACGCCAUGUGCAGAUGAUUGCGAUUGCGGGCGCAAUUGGAACGGGCCUUUUCUUGGGUCUCGGCGGCUCCAUCGCCACGGGCGGCCCUCUGGGCGCUCUGCUUGGCUAUGUCUAUGUCGGCUGCGUCGUGUGCGCGAUUCAAUUCGCCCUUGGCGAGGUCUCUGCGUUGCUGCCAGUGACCGGCUCUUUCGUGCGCCAUGCUGAGAUCCUGGUUGAUCCCGCACUGGCCUUCGCCAUCGGCUGGAAUGUAGUCUAUGGCUGCUUCCUGAGCGUGCCCAGCGAGAUCUCCGCCAGUGUCGUGCUAAUUCAGUACUGGACCGACAUCAACGCCGCGGUCUGGGUCACGAUCCUGAUCAUCUUAUCCGUCGUCGUCGCUGUUUCGUUUAUUGGGGUAUAUGGCGAGGUAGAGUUCUUCUUUGCCAUCCUCAAGAUCCUGCUGGUGAUCUUUGUCGUCAUCCUGGGCCUGGUCAUCGAUCUCGGCGGCGUCCCUGGUAAACCCCGCCUCGGUUUCCACUACUGGAAAGACCCGGGCCCCUUUGUUGAGUAUAUUUCGACCGGCUCUUGGGGUCGCUUCCUUGGCUUCUGGGCCGUGAUGACCAACGCCGUUUACUCCUUCGCGGGUGUGGAGUCUCUGGCCAUGGCGGCAGCCGAAACCAAGAACCCGCGCCAUAACAUCCCGAAGGCCUGUAAACGGGUCUUUGCGCGGGUCAGCAUAUUCUAUCUCGCGGCCGUGCUGGUUGUUGGCAUGCUGGUGUCGAGCUCCGAUGAUCGUCUAAGCGAUGAAUCUGGAACAGCCGCGCAGAGUCCGUUCGUCAUUGCAGCCAGUGAUGCGGGCAUCAAGGCCAUUCCCUCGAUCGUGAACGCCAUAUGCCUAACCUCGGCAUGGUCAGCAUCUAACCAAAGUAUUCUGGCCGGCACGAGAACUUUGUACGGUCUUGCAGUCAAGGGCCAUGCCCCCAAAAUCUUCCUCUGGACGACUAAGUGGGGUGUGCCCUAUAUGUGUGUUCUAGUACAGGUCCUCUUCUCUUUCCUGGCCUACAUGUGCGUGUCCAACAGCGCGUUGAACGUUUUUUGGUGGUUUGUCGACUUAACAGCUGCCGGCACUCUGGUCUCAUGGAUCACAGUUGCUUGGAACCACAUCCGUCUGCUGCAAGCAUUGGACAGACAGGGCAUUUCUCCGGAUGCUUUGCCUUGGCAUAAUCGUAUCACAAGAUAUACAAGCUGGUUUGCUUUGAUCUCGUGCAUUAUAAUUUUGUUGACAGGAGGAUUUACCGUGUUCACGGCCGGCAACUGGGAUCCUGCUUCAUUUGUAUCAUCAUAUUUAGAUAUUCCCCUGGUUCUGUCUGCAUACGGAGCUUACAAGCUGAUUCGGCGCACCAAAGUUAUUCCUUUGGAAAUGGUACCCAUUCGCCAGGCGCUAGAAGAGGCUGAGAAUGAUCCUGAAAAUGUGCCCAUCACGAAAGACGGCUUCCUCUCCAAAAUCAAUAUUUUAUGGGGAUGA